GUCAGAGCUCCAAGCAACCGUAAACUUCCGGUUGUCAUUCAUCACUGCGGAGGGGCUUUUGUGAUAGUAGACACUUGUGUUUGUUAAGGCACCUACCGCCUGUGAACGGUACAAGAUGUCGACAAGGAUUAUUAGACAAACGCGGGACCCGUUCGAAGCCCUCGAACGGAUGCUAAAUCGGACAACUUUAGACACUCAAAGAGUUGCACAUGGCCAAAUAAUAGAGCUUGGCGGGCGCAUGCUCACAGUUCAGACGGACGACUCAAAGGAAGAGCGGGAAAAGGCUAUCCAGGAUGCCGUGGACGCAGCAGAAGCACGUGCAACACGAGAACUGCGUGCGGCGCUCAAGCGUAUGAAGGACCAGAAGGACGCAGAGCGGAGGCGGGCUUUGCAAACUCAGAAAGAGUACUUCGAGCGUUUGGCUCAGAGAGUAUCAGAACAGAGGGACAGAGCAGAGGAGGAACGAAUAAAGGAACUGACGAAGAAAUUACAGAAAGAGAAGGAGGAAGCCCUCAAGCAGCAAUGGGAAGACUGCGAAAGACUGAAGGAAAAAGCCAUUGCUGACGCAUGCACAGCGCUCAGGAAAAGCUUGAGAAAUGAGUUUGCUUUGGAAAAAGAGCGGGCUGUAGCACAGGCUCUGAAGGCAGCAAGGGAAAUGUUUAAGAAACGUGAAGAGGAAGUUAUUGCCUUUACAACCAGACAGUGUGAGGAGCGCGCAAGACAGGAAGCAGAGAGAGUCGCGCGGCUUCACCAACAGGAAGUGAACAGACUUAAUCAAAAGUACGACAACCUAGAGACGAAGUACCACAGGGAACUAGCACACAGGCAACGAGUCGAAGAUGACUUCAGGGCGUUGCAGGACGACUACAGGCGAUUCAUGGACUACACUGACGGCAAGUUUCACUCCGACUACCUCAUGAGCCUGCGAUAUCAUGGAAUGUUGAAGGCACAGAAGAAAAUCAGCGAGGUCACAUAUGAGGAUCUAAGUCCGACACAUGGAACUAGGAACUCGAUCGUUUUCCUUUGAAAUCACGCUCCAUUGUAUUCGGAUUAUCGGCCCAGUGUUAUAGUCACAUAAGUUCUGGUGAUAUUCUCAAUAUGUCUCCAUUGGAAUAUCCCGCGACCGGAUGUUAGGUGGCAGGUAACACAUCAGCAGACGACAACACAGGGUCCAUUUCCUUAAGGCUUCAUUCCAAAGUGUAUGUUUUGUUGACAAAUGACCAAUGAGACCCCAUCUUUUCACAGUUGUCGCUAGCCUUCUGUAGAUCAACAGCACAUCCUGUCGUCUGCAAAUCACUGUUACCGUCAGCAGAUGGUUGACGUCUGUUGGAGCCUGACGAAGGAUAAUGUUGUUUGCAGUUUGACAAAGGAAGGCACAGAUUGCUGUGCAGACUUGCGUCAUAGCAGCGUUUGAAACUAACAUUUUUAGUUCACCAGGUCUUAUGACAUAUACCAAUCCCCUUAAAAAUUGGAAAUUUCAACUUGUCCAUAUGAAAAACCAAGUGCAAGAUUAUUAUGUUGUAGGCAGUAAAUCAUCUUCCCGAGGCAAGAGAGUUAACUGACUUUAAAAGUCCAGUUUCCACCCUUGCCGAACUUGGCUGGAAUUCCUUGGCUCGAUCGUAGCGCCACCAGUGGUUAU